AUCCUCCUUUCUUAAUUCUUAUUCCCUUAACAAAAAUGGCUUCUCUUUUUCAAGCGUGCUCUUCUUCUUCGGCUACGCCAUUGCUUCUGGCGAAAAGGGUGUUUUCCUUAGCUUCAUCGCCGUUUAUCUUCACGAGCGGGCACAACAUCCCUCGCCAUUAUAGCAGCUUCAGAGCAUCCACCUCCGCGUCUGCGUCUGCGUCUGCGUCUACUUCAGUUUGUGUCGAUUUAAAGGAGGUGAGAAGCACUGAUUUGGUGAACUUGGAGUAUGCAGAACUAAACCUCAAGUACAAGAUAUCUGAGGAAUUAGGUCAUGUAAGAAUCAGACAGCAUGUUAAUCCGCUCAGUUCCUCUUUCUCUACGCCAGCUCCAGUUCCUGCUUGGGAUGAAGUUUACAAGGAUCCGUCGCUGCCUCUUAUGGUGGAUAUUGGAAGUGGUAGUGGCAGAUUUCUCUUAUGGCUAGCCAAAAAGAAUGCUGAGUCAGGAAAUUACUUGGGGUUGGAGAUACGCCAGAAACUGGUUAAGCGAGCCAACUUUUGGGUGAAUGAGCUCGGGCUUUCAAACGUACACUUCAUAUUUGCAAAUGCUAUGGUUUCCUUUGAACAACUUAUAUCAAGCUAUCCUGGACCGUUGGAGCUUGUCUCAAUCUUGUGUCCGGAUCCUCAUUUCAAGAAACGGCAUCAAAAGAGACGUGUUGUCCAAAAGCCUUUGGUGAAUUCCAUUCUGCAAAACUUAAAACCAGGCGGGAAGAUCUUUGUGCAAUCAGAUGUGCUGGAAGUAGCUCAAGACAUGAGAGAUCAGUUAGACGAGGAAGCAAAGGUUCUUCGACACGUGGACACAGUCGACACAGAGGAAGGUUGGUUAAUGGCAAACCCGAUGGGUAUACGAACCGAACGAGAGAUUCACGCAGAAUUGGAAGGUGCAAGAAUCUACAGAAGACUAUACCAGAAAGUUUAGCUUAUAUACAUGAUUCAAACAACAGUUUCCAUCCAAUUUGAUCGUUGAGGGUUAUCCAAAUUAGUUUUGGUUUGGUUUAAUUCGGUUUGGUAUUUUCAGUUGUUUUAAAAGUCACGUCACGUGACUUUUAAAUGAUAUCAUAAAUCUGUAAUGGAUUAGUGUGUUUUGACUAGAAUCAGCCAAUCAGGUAAUCCAAUACAGAU